GUGUGAGUCUGGAUAGGCAGACUGUUCGAGGUACGCGUGAGGUCGGCCCACCCCAGGCCGAGGUGUCCCAGGUGAUCUUGUCUGACAAGCGGUUUCCUGAGUCCAUGGAUAGUCAGAACCGCCAGGGUCGCUCCUGGGCACCGGAAGCUGUCGGUUUGGGCGUCGCGUUCAAAUGAAUGAACGCCAGAAAAUUCGGGGAGCUGGUGGAAUCACGUGCGUGGAGGAAUCCUCGCGAACCAGCCGACCGACCCAGGAAAGGGCUGCCUGAAUUUAUAUUGAGACUAAGAUCAAAAUUGGACAACCAGCUUCAGAGGAAGAAAUUACAGCAAAAUUGAAAUGUUGACUGAAGGGUUUGGUAACCCCAAAGAGGAUGUUCUCCAGAACUCUGAAGGCAGAGAAUUCUGUGAAUUUGGAGAUAAAUUGAAUAAAAAGUAUCAGACCCUUUUUAAAAGAAGACAAUAUAACUGUGAGGAAUGUGGACAAAGCUUUGCUUGGAGUACAGGCCUUAUUCAGCACCAGAGAAACCACUGGAAAAAACCCUAUGAAUGUGAUAAUUGUGGAAAGGUCUUUUGAAUGAGCUCAGCUCUGGUUAUGCAUCAGAGAAUUCAUACUGGAGAGAAACCCUAUCCUUGUAAUUGGUGUAUUAAAAGUUUCAGUCAGAGUUCAGACCUUAUUAAACACAGAGUCCACACUGGUGAAAAACCUUAUAAAUGUGAUGAAAGUGGGAAAGCCUUYAGUCAGAGUUCAGAUCUUAUUAUACAUCAGAGAAUCCAUACAGGAGAGAAACCUUAUCAAUGCAGUCAUUGUAAUAAUUUUAGCCAGCGCUCAGACCUAGUUAAACAUCAGAGAAUUCACACUGGAGAGAAGCCUUAUAUGUGUAACCAGUGUAAUAAACAAUUUAGUCAAAGUUCUGAUGUUAUAAAACAUCAAAGAAUCCACACUGGGGAGAAACCAUAUAAGUGUGAUGUAUGUGGGAAAGCCUUCAGUCAGAGCUCAGACCUUAUUCUGCAUCAGAGAAUCCACACUGGGGAGAAGCCAUAUCCAUGUAAUCAAUGUAGCAAAAGUUUCAAGUCAAAUUUAGACCUUAUUAAACAUCGAAGGAUCCACACUGGAGAGAAGCCCUAUAAAUGUAAUGAGUGUGGAAAGGCUUUUAAUCAAAGCUCAGUUCUUAUUCUGCAUCAAAGAAUUCAUACCGGAGAAAAACCCUAUUCAUGUAAUCAGUGCAGCAAAACUUUCAGUAGGCUUUCAAAUCUUAUUAAUCAUCAACGAAUUCACACAGGAGAGAAGCCUUAUCCAUGUAAUUAGUGCAAUAAAAUGUUUAGUCGAAGAUCAGAUCUCGUUAAACAUCAUAGAAUUCAUACAGGUGAGAAACCCUAUGAAUGUGACGACUGUGGGAAAACCUUUAGUCAGAGCUCCAACCUUAUUCUACAUCAGAGAAUCCACACUGGAGAGAAACCUUAUCCGUGUAGUGAUUGCACUAAAAGUUUUAGUCACCAUUCAGAUCUCGUAAAGCAUCACAGAAUGCACACUGGAGAGAAACCAUAUGCUUGUAAUUUGUGCAAUAAAAGUUUUAAUCAAAAUUCAGACCUCACUAAACAUCUGAGAGUGCACUCUGGUGAAAAGCCCUAUCGUUGUGAUAGWUGUGAGAAAACCUUCAGUCAGAGGUCUGACCUUAUUCUUCAUCAGCGAAUUCACACUGGAGAAAAACCAUAUCCAUGCACACAGUGCAGCCAAAGUUUCUGUCAGAACUCAGACCUCAUAAGACACCAAAGAGUCCACACUGGGGAAAGACCUUAUAAAUGUAAUGAGUGUGGGAAGGCUUUCAAAAGUCAGUGCUCAGCUCUCAUCCUGCAUCAGAGAAUCCACACUGGGGAGAAACCAUAUCCAUGUGACCAAUGUAGCAGAAGCUUUAGUCAUCGCUCUGAACUCAUUAAUCAUCAAAAAAUCCACACAGGUGAAAAAUCAUAUAAAUGUGAUGCGUGUGGGAAAACCUUCACUAUGGGAACAGAUCUCAUUGAUCACCAGAAGAUCCACACUGAGGACAAAAUGUACCAGUGUGUUCAGUGCAGCAUAAGUUUUAGCCAAUUCUCUGAUCUUAUUAAUCAUGAGAAACUCCAUUCUGGGCAAGACAGUUUAAAUGUGAUGAAUGGGGAGAAACCCUUACUGUAUAAACCAACUUUAUUCAGUUCCAGAGACACUAUACCAGAACAAAAAUCUUUUGAAUGCUAUUGA